AUGGAAGUUAUUCUGCAGCCUCAAGCCUUCAAUGUUAGUGUUCAGUUUCUCCACUCUACAAAAAGUUACCAUAUACAGAAGCCAGUUAUACAUAUAACAUCAUCACCAUGCCAAAUUCAAUGUUUUAGUUCUUGUAUCCAUCAGAAACGGGCUGGAGUUGCAGGUGAUUGCAGAAGUAAAACAAAGGUUUUUGCGAAGAGAAGGAGAAGGUCGAAUGAGAGAACAGAAACUUAUGUGCUAUUAGAACCGGGGAAGGAUGAGAGGUUUGUGUCGGAGGAAGAGCUAAAAGAGACUUUGAAAGAGUGGCUUACGAAUUGGCCGGGCAAAGCUCUUCCUCCUGAUCUUGCUAGAUAUGAAACCAUUGAUGAUGCUGUUUCGUUCUUAGCAAAGUCGUUUUGUGAACUUGAAAUUGAUGAAGAAGUUGGGACGAUUCAAUGGUUUGAGGUUCGGUUGGAUUGA